AUGAUUCUGCUGUCCGCCACCCUUCUCGGCGUCGUUCGCCACGAUCCGAGAGAGCGGGUGGUGCUCCCCGAACGUGUGGUGCUCGCAGCAAGCAGCGGAGCGCUGCAAACUCUCGACCUCGAGCUGUCGUGGGACCCUCGGCUUGCUUUUGCCCAUGAUGCAGAGGGCUACCAGCUCCUCCACCACGCGGCCGACAAGGUGCGGCCCGAAAUCUGCCGCUUGCUCCUGGCGCGCGGGGCCGAUGUCGACGCAAGGACUGCCGACACCGGCCUCACGCCUCUCAUCUUCGCGGUGAACCGUCUCGACAUUGACAAACGGGGCAGGCAAGCUAUCGACUACGCGCGCGAGAAUGGGCACCGCGACCUCGCCGCCUUCCUCGACAAGGGGGACAGCGCUAGCUACUCCACCUGGUUUCUCACCGCCGCAGUGCUCGCCGCGUCGUUUGCUGCGGCGAGGCUGCCCCUGGCUGCCGCGGCGCCGGCCUUGGCGUGGUGCGCUCGUCUCGUGGCGCUGCGGACUGCGAGGGAUGCAGGAGCAGCGGUUGCGACCGAGGCCAGAAGCUCUGGCCCCGCCGCCACCUCCUCGCACACCUCCUCCUCCUCCUCGCACGCCGCUGCGUCGCACGCGCCGGCGGCGGAGUCCUCGUCAGCGGCGGCAGGCGUCGGCUGCUUGGCGCACGAGUCGGCCCCCGCGCCAGAGGCCACCCUCCCACUAGAGGCGACUCCUCCAGCUGCCGCCGCCCACGCUGUGCCGCUGCAGCAGCAGCAGGAUGAGAAGCAAGCCGCUUCGCUCCAAGCCGUGCCGCCGGGGGCCGCCGCCGAUGCCCUCCAACAACCGGAGUGCAUCGUCUGCUGGGACGCGCCAGCGACGCACAUCUUUGUCCCGUGCGGACACCAAUGCGUGUGCGAGCGGUGCGGCGCCAAGCUUGAGAGGUGUCCCAAGUGCCGCGUCGUGCCGACGGCGAUGAUGCGAGUAUUCCACUAAGGAGGAGCUGGCGAGCGGGCUUCGCAGGCUUGCGAGGGGGAGCGCUGAAGGCGCAGACAACGAAGCCGCACGACAACACGACUCAGCAUACGUGCAUGUCUGGCCCGGGAAGGGUCCGGGGGGGUCGUGAGCGAGGGAUUGUCACACCAUGUACAAUGUGCCAUACGUGUACCAGGACCAUCUGUGUUUACCAGCCUGUCCGUGUACCAGUGUGUGUGACCGAGCAUACCGGUGUGUGCGCGGAGCAAGAGCAAAUCAAC